AUGCGAGUUCCUGUACUGUUGCUAUUGUACUGCAUAGCUGUACACUGUGAUCAGGACGAAUCUAGCACAAAAAAAGAGGAACCACCACUUUUAGUGCGUUGUCCGCACGUGAAUCCUUACAAGAACUUAGCAGGCUGGUUGGGUUACUCACAAAACAAUUGUAAUCACACAACACUUGAAGCGGAACUAAACGACGAGGACAAAGCCUACUACAAAUUCGGUCUCAAGAGUUUUUCUUUUGAUGUCUUAGCGAGUGAUCGACUUGGCGUUCGACGUGAUCUUGGCGUACAAGCUCAUGAACUAUGUAAAAACACAACAUUCGACGCAGAAUUCUCCACCUCUGUCGUAAUUGUUCAUCACAAUGAGGCUUUAUCUGUUCUGCUCCGUAUGUUGACAGGGAUUUUUGAACGUACACCAGCUCAUUUACUGCAUGAAGUGAUUCUCUACGAGGACGCCAGUGAAGAAGAACAUGCGUUGAGCGAUCAUCUAAACCAGUUCGCUUCAGUAAUGGGAUAUACAAACAAAAUGCGUGUGACAAGGAGUGAAGAACGUCAAGGACUUAUUCGAGCCAAAACUCUUGCAUCUCGUCAAGCAACCGGUGACAUCAUAGUUUUCCUGGAUAGUCAUUGUGAAGUUACAGAACGUUGGUUGGAACCGUUAUUGGCACCAAUCAAAGAAAAUCCCAACAGCAUUGUGCUCCCGAUAAUCGACUUGAUUAAUCCAUUCACAUUCGACUAUGCCAAAGCGAUGGUGACAAAAAGCGGCUUUGAUUGGACACUGACGUUCAAAUGGGUGUAUAUCCCUUGGGAAUAUUUUGAUAUUCCCGAAAAUAAUGUGAAACCAUUCGACUCGCCUGCAAUGCCUGGAGGGCUUUUGGCAGUUCGUCGUGAGUACUUCCGUACGCUAGGCGAGUACGAUAUGGGUAUGGAGAUUUGGGGAGCUGAAAAUAUUGAGCUUUCAUUAAAGACAUGGAUGUGUGGUGGUCGAGUUGUUGUAGCUCCGUGCAGUAGAGUCGGGCACGUGUUCAGAUACAGAAGACCAUAUAAAGGUAAACCGUUUAUGGAUACAACUGUACACAACUCAGCACGAGUGGCUAAAACAUGGAUGGAUGAUCAUGCUAAGCACUUCUUCCGUGCACGAUCGCUACCUACAAGCACAGAUGUAGGUGACAUAAGUGUAGGAUUGGAAUUAAAGAAACGGCUUAAUUGUAAAAAUAUGGAAUGGUAUAUGAAGAAUGUCUAUCCGGAUUUGAAGGUUCCCGAAUAUAAACACGAUGAGUUGUGA